CGAUCCUCCCUCGUGACGCGAGCCGGGAGAGAUUACUACGAGGUACUCGGGGUGUCCCGCGCCGCGGACUCGAAAGAGAUGAAGCGCGCGUACCGCACGCUCGCGCGGAAGUACCACCCGGACGUGAACAAAGAACCGGGCGCGGAGGAAACGUUCAAGGAGAUCUCAAACGCGUACGAGGUGCUGUCAGACGACCAGAAGAAAGCCGUCUACGAUCAGUACGGCGAAGCCGGUCUCAAGGGUGGCAUGGGAGGCAUGGGAGGCAUGGGCGGCAUGGGUGGCGACCCGUUCAGCAACCCGUUCGACUUGUUCGAAUCCUUCUUCGGCGGCGGCAUGGGCGGCGGCAUGGGCGGCGGCAUGGGCGGGCGCGCGCAGCAGCGCAACCGACCGACGCAGGGCGACGACGAGCGAUUCGAUCUCCAGGCGCGUUCUCUUUUCACACUGAUCGAGUUCCUCGAAGCCGUCUUCGGCUGCGAGAAGGAGCUCGAGGUGAUGCGCCUGGAGGAGUGCGACGCGUGCACCGGCACCGGCGUCAAGUCCGGCACGCGGCCGGCGAGCUGCGGGACGUGCGGCGGUCAAGGGCAGGUCGUCGCGACGGUUCGAACGCCGCUCGGGAACUUUCAACAGGUGACGGCGUGUCAGGCGUGCGGCGGAAGCGGGCAGACGUUCACGCCGUGCGGCUCGUGCGGCGGCGACGGGCGCGUCCGACGGUCGAAGCGCAUCUCGCUCCGAGUGCCGCCGGGAGUUGACAGCGGCUCGAGGCUGCGCGUGCGGUCGGAGGGCAACGCCGGGAAGAAGGGCGGCCCCGCGGGCGACCUCUACGUCUUCGUCUCCGUGAAGGACGACCCGGACUUGAAGCGGUUCGACGGCGUCAACGUCUCCAGCACGGUGACGAUCCCGUACACGUCAGCCAUUCUCGGCACGACGCAAAAGGUGCGCACCGUGGACGGCGAGGUCGACCUCAAGAUUCCAGCGGGGGUGCAGCCGGGCGCGACGUUGCUGAUGGCGAAGCGGGGCGUCCCGAAGCUCGGGUCGCCGAGCACGCGCGGGGAUCAGUACGUCACCGUGAAGGUGACCAUACCGAAGUCGCCGAGCGGAGAGGAGAAGAAGCUCGUCGAGCAGAUCGCCGAGCUGUGA